CUCCUAAGGAAAAUGAACGAUAUACUGAAGAAGAUCCAGAAUGUUGAAAACCAACAUCGGAUAAGACAGAGAGCCAGAAAUACAGCACUUGAUAACUCAAAGGCUAAAUGUUUAAUCAUCGAUCGAAGAAUGAUACAAAACUCUCUGAGUCAGAACCGCAGACUUUCUAUCUCUGAUAGACUUCAAAUGAUGACGGUAUUUGAUAAAAUGAACAAAAAAGAAGGGAAUAAGGUUGUUAAAGCUUUUCAAACUAUCGGAGAUAGUGUAGGGAGGUCCAUUAAGUUCCUCAACCAAAAAACCAACAAAGAUAAGCCAAGUAUAAUCAAGAUUAAUACAAAACAAAAAUCAAAACCUUCUCUUCAUGUUGAUACUGGUGUAUCCGGUUUUGACAAGAUUACUGUCUUAAAGCCUAAGAAAUCUGCAGGGCUUCUGCUACCAAAGCUGCAGAACCAGAGGACCCAAGAAGAAAACCUUUCUUGUUCUAGUAAAAAUUCUUUUCAGAUUCAGACCAACCUGUCUAGGUGUAGGAGUGAUCUCGAGGAAGCUAAAAGUGCUACAUUAGGCGCAGGAAUAAGCUAUUCAAAGCCAUCAGUGUUUUCGAAAUAUAAAUCUAAUGGAAUUACUACCUUAAAAUCAGUAGCAUCGGCUACUACAGAGGUGCAGUAUCCUUUGACUGCGACUGAGGAAGUCCAACAAGCUCUGCCAAUACGACUGAAGAAGAAAAUGGUGACCUCCAAGAUCAAUGGAUUUAGUAAGAAAUCAUGGCUGAGGGCAGACAGCCUCUUUCAAGAGGCCAUUCAAAACAAAUCAAUAAAGCCGACCCUCAAUGACAAAGUGACAAGGAAGCUUAAGAAGUGCCUCAUUAAGAGAUCGAGCAACUCAAUAAAUGAUCAUUCCAAAUUAGGUAAAUUACCGAAAUGUGUGAGUACGAAGAAGAGAUCAAGAGGAGGAUUCUUGUCAAAUAUACCUUCUUUGGCUAGUCUUGAUGUAGAUCCCGCAGAACCUCGUUCACCAUUCCCAAUUUCAGCUAAUAAAUUUUAGCUGAUUCCUUACUAAUACUUUUCAAUA